AUGCGUCAUGAUUUAUGGGAUCCAUCCAUCGGGAUUUGGGGUGCUAUUCAUGUGGGAACGCGGCUUUACGGAUUCUUCCCCAAAUUACAACGAAACAUUCGCUUAUUACGCGUCUUCCAUCCAUCGGAACGUGGUUUAUUUCCAUCCCUUGUGAUACACAGGUCAGCCGCCUCGCGUCUCCAACGCGCACAAGCCAAAUUCGAUGGUCUCUCGGAAAAGGGACGCAAAGACGUCGCGGCCUCGCUCCGCCUGGAGCUCUCGAUCCGCUCAAAGCUCAUCCAGUACGGGCCUCCCCCACCGCAAUCCCACCCACACUCCAGAAGCAAUGAAUCUCAGCGUACAUCAUAUGGCGCUUCGGUGGUUGGGGGUGUGUAUGAUGGAUAUACACACGAUGCGGAUCCGGUGCUCGCAAAGUUGCAAGUGGAUGCGGAAAAGGCGCUUAGUGUUGCGAGGCUCAAGGCAGAAAAGUUGCUUGUUGAUGACGAGUCGAGCGAUCUCAUGAGUUUGCUUGAACGCUGUUGUGAUGUGCUCAUCGAGGGACGCUCUCUGCCGGACAGUACAGAUCGAUUAGAUGAGGAGCAAUUAGAGGCUAUAUGUGGUAUCCUCGCGACGUCGUCUCGAAUAGAUUCCCCCGAACUAUUAACCCUCAAUCAAGCGUUGGCGGAGAAAUAUCCAGACCUGACGAUGGAAACGACACUUCGCAAGCAUAUAUCACCAAUGCUAGUGCCGCAUUUGAAUCCUGCACGACCAACACAGACACGAGUAGACACGGCACUCGUCGAGAUUUCCGGCAAGCAUGACCUCCCAGAGUGGACACCCCCGAAUCUUUUGCCUCAUGACCGAACUUAUGCGUUUCUCGGAGUCAUAGACCCUUCCGUUCCCGUCAUCGAUAUUCCACGACUACGGUUCCUUUGCUCUCAUGGCAUACCAGCCAAUACCCCCGAGUGGGUUCGACUAAGCGUAUGGAGUAUUCUGCUCAGUGUCUUGCCGGCGGACAAGACAGAGUGGCAUGCGGCGAGAGCCAAAUCACGCAACGACUACGGUGCGCUCGUUGGGCAAAUCCAGGCAGCUCUCCUUGCCUCGCCACCUCCUGUAGGAAGCAAUCUCCAGAGUGGAGAGGGUGCAUGGGAGAAACGACUUGCUCCACAGGAUCGAGUGCUUCUUCAGUUUGCACGAGACAUCGACGCCAUGCCACCAGAACUCAAAACGGCUCUACGGGAGCUUAGUGUGGAAAGCGAUGGAAAGUACGACGUCGAGUUUGAGGAGAAGAAUGCCGUUGUCAAGCGGUUGGUAUUGCUCAAGGCGAGCAAAGGUGACCUUUCAUCGUCAUCACCCCCCACAGAUGUCGACGAGUUGCCUAUUCCUUCCAUCACACUAGACGAUCCACCUCAUUCCGGAGAACAACGAGACGCAAAGGUUCUCCUCUCUUCGCACAAUGGCGAACUGGGGAAUGGCAAACUGUACGAAGGGUUCCUCCUCCGAAUGCUCUACGUGCAUUCGUCGCUGCAUGCAUUGCAUGCACUCCCUAUGGGACCACCGCCCGCCCUCGCUUCCAUCUUUGCCGUCACGCUCCUUGUCGCGUGGCGUGCACGACAAAAGACUGCCAUUUUGUCUGGUGAGAGCCCCAGCGAGGUGUUUGAAGAGGUCGAGGCGGAGACGUUUUGGCUUACCGAGGCUCUUGUGGCAUCUGUUCGUGAGCUUGUUGAAGAGACGGUUGAUGAAGGCGAGGCGUGGCCUAUUCGCUUCUCAGGAAUGGUGAGAUGGGCCGACGCAGAGUUGUGGACGGAUUUGAAUCGCAAAGGGCUCGAUCCUCAGAUGCCGUAUUAUUCCUACCGAUGGGUGCCCACCCUCUUCACGCACGCUUUGUCGCUCGAUGCUCUCUUGACAACGUGGGACGCCAUGAUAUCUCUCCAUGGCUCAUCGCGGCAUCGUUCACCAGCUCAAAGCGUUACCUCGGCACCCUCGACCUUUGUUUACAUCCUUGGGACAGCGAUGCUCAUUCGAGCGCGUGCCGCCAUCUUUCAGAGUGACUCUGCGGCGCUCGCAUCCAGAGGUGCCACUACGACUCAUGCUUUAUCCGCGUUCUGGAAACGACAGACGCGUGCCGCCCAGGAAAUCCAGAUUCCCCAUUCUCCUUCUACGUACUCGCCUAUUGCAUCUCCAAAGACACCAGCGUCACCCACUAUGGCGGCUUCUGCCACCUCUACACAUGGUCAUAGUCAGCGUGCAGUGACUGCAUCUGUUGUCUCUCCGCACGUUGCAGAGUGGAAUCUACGAUCGGACGGGACGCAGCCGCUUACACCUGGCGGGAUGGGAAAUGUCUUCCUCGUAGUGGUGAGACUGCUUGUCGAGUAUGACGUCGCUUCGUUUGGCGGAACGGAAAGAUUGUUGGACACUGCAUGGAGUUUGUGGCGAAGAUGGAAUCGAGAGGGCGCUCCUCAAGGUCUGGAGGUGGCCGGUGCUCCUCCUCGGUUGGGUCCGACGACGCUACGGGAGCCAGUCUCCACUUCUGCUAGGGCAAGUCCCAGUGGUGGAAUGGUGGCGAGCCUGGGACGAAUACGAGAUAUGGCGUGGAAGGGACUCACCAACGACAUGGACGACGACGAUGGCUCUAAUUCGCCUUCACCUGGGACGUCGCCUGUCAAGAAGCCAUCCUUCCCUCCGCCGUCGGUCAAAGUAACGUCCCCAACGUCGACCGAAGGACAAGGAGCUGGUUUCCUCUCGUCGCUCAUGAACUCGAAACUCACAGAAAGUGUGUGGAAGGGCAUGACGAAUCAACUUGAUUCGCCUGAACCCUCGCCUGACGCUUCACCCGUACCUUCACCCACCGUGCCGACAAUGCAGCAGCAGCAUCCAGAGAUUGAGAUUGUGCACGAGUCGCCUCAGCAUAAGCACCAACGCUCGCUGGAUUGGAUGAGCGACAGCGGUGCUUCGAACUCGUGGACAGGUGAAGGAGCUGCUUCGUGGGCGCGAGGUGCGCUUUCCAGAACGAGUGAAAAUCUGCGCGUCAAGGCUUUGGAUGCAUGGAGCCGCAAGUCGACGGCGACGGAUGAUAAGGAGGACACCGUGUCGAUGGCACGAUCACAUUCGCCCUCUGCUAGCUUGGACGGGACGCCGGCGGCAAAUGGUCGAGGAGAAUCCACUCGAGAAGGCUACUCGGCUUCGAAUAGUUCGAUUGGUUCUUGGAGCGAAAUGUUUUCAAAACGCGGUUCUCUUCCCCUGGUGGGAUCGCUCAUGUCUGGCACUGGGGAACCUGCACGUAGCGGGUCCGAAAGCGGGCCUGGACCCACUGUCGACUCGCCCAACAAGCGUGAAUCUUUCUCCCCUCCAGCGAGGCCUGCGCGAUUCAGGGAGAGUAUGAUCGGUUCAGUCCUCAACAGCGCCGGUCUUAUCAGUCCCGAAACUCCAUCCACGGGCGAUAGCGCGUCAAAGAGUCCAUUGCAGGCUGCGUUGGCUGCAUUGACUGGCUCACCAAAAACAGAGGCCACACCAAAGCAAGGCCCAAAGCCUCUUCUACUCAAUUCUAGCUCGCUCAUUACACCUUCUGGUUCUCGCUCAGGAAUGAGCUCGAGAUCGACGAGUAGGAGGGCCUCGCCGUCUCCCAUACCCACACCACGACCUGGUGACCAAUUCUCCAUGUCGAUGGAGAGUGGUGAUGAUAGUGUGACGCCUGGUGCAUCGCACGUCGUUCAACUUCGGCGCGGGCCCAUUACCAAUCCACGGACAGCCGGAUACCGCUCAUCGACCGGCGCAACCGCAACCACGCGUGAUGGAAGUCGCUCGUCCCGAGCAUCAACAUCUAGCAUACACAGCCCAUCGCACCAAGGCCAUAGAUACUCGAUCGAUCUCAACUCGGAGGACGACUUGCAGAGGAUAGAGAAACACGGUUCCAUUGACCACAAGUCUGGUUUUGUUAUUGUUCGCGGAGAAGUGGCCGAGUCGCCUGUAAGGGUGACCUCCAUGGGGGACUUUGAUUCGAGCGCGUCUUACUCUGGAAAUGAGGACGUACCACGACGGUUUUCGAGUGCAAGCCUGUCAUCACGUAUAAAAAGGGAGGGCCAUAAGCCCGCACCAAUCUCUACUGGCAUUUUACCUGCCUCGGUUCCGGAACUGCAGGUCAUCACGCCUCGUAGUGGAGACAAGAUGGACAAGGGAGAAGUUGCCUCCUCUCCGCCACGACCUUACUCUCCUAUGGAACCACCAGAUCAACCAGACGUCAUUCACGUCGGCGACGAGGAAGUUCGAACGCCUGUUGGUGCCAAGCUCACGCGCUCUCGGACGCCGAUUCGUAAGGGAAGACAGGGAAGCACAGGCUCAAAGUCGCCUCGGAGUCUGCGACGCCAACGAAGCGGGGACGCAAGGUUCAGAGAUUCAGUCAUUGGUGCCAGUGGGAGCGAAGAAGACGGUGCUCGAGCCGACGUAGAAGAUCUGGAGGUGUAUGAUAGAGUAUACUAG